AUGAGAGAGGAGACUGGUAAUGAACUACGUCACUAUAAUAUCAUGAACCAAAGCGAGGCUCGGAAUUGAUUACCCGGAAUCGAAAAUCAUCGUCGUUCUCGUAAAGUGUCAAAUCUGUGUUCUCUCUUCGUGUGUGCAAGUGUUUAACAGUUAAAAUGUCAGAUUACUACGACAUUUUGGAGGUUCCAAGAAGUGCAACCGAUCAAGACAUCAAGAAAGCGUAAGUGUUUUUGCUAGUUUGAAUAUCUUCUGAAUCAUUUGCUGUUAUUAAUUCUUCACGUCAUGACUAGGCAAACCCAUAGUUCCCCCUUUGUAACAGCAUGCAGGUAUAUUUAGAGUUGAGAUGCUUCCACAAAUCUUACUUGUAAGCUAGAAAGAACAUAUGUACAAACGUUCAUCGUCUUUUCUGCAUAAGGUUGCUGUAAGCUUUUAAGCAUGUAUUGAAAAUUUACAUAAGACUUAAGUGUGGUGUAUACGUUGCACAUUUCAGGAUUGAUACUUCUAUUGUAAUUAAGUUAUCUUUUAAUACUUUAAACUAACCUUGCUUCGAAUCACAUGCAAAGUUAUGUUUGACGUUUUUAUAAGGUUUUAUCCCAUGCAAUAUCCUUUGUCCAUAUACAUAAAAUUAAAGGCACUGUGUGUUGGUAUAAUAUUGUUAUUCUUCAUUUUGAAAAAUGAGACGACUCGAACAUGACUUGGCUAUUAAAUGAAGGGUGUAAGUUCUGUACGAACGUCAUUAUUUUGUUUAUCCAGAAAGGAAAAGGGAAACCACAUUUAUAAAGUUUCUAAAGUGAGAUUGUUGGAAAUAGAAUUUUGAGGUUUUCUUGUGUACACAUGCAAACUCAGUGUUUUGCUCUUUUUGACAGAUCUGUUUGUUUAUUUGUGUAUAUCAUUUAAUACAGAUUCCUGAAAUAUUAAGACGGAAUCCACCAGGACAUUGACUAAUUUUGAUUUUAAGCGGACAAAAAUCUUGUACCAGAAUAAUUUAAAGCAUAUUGCAUUCUUUUUUAUAAGGGCUAAAGAUGUAAUAAAUCAUCUAUACCAACACCCAAAAAACUUGUAACACAAAAAACCAUCCGUGAAAUCGCCUUUCUGAAUAUAAGUCCCCCCCGGGGGCUUGUACUUGGAAAUUGCCCUAAAAUGUAUAGUAAGACAUAGCAAAAAUGGUAAAUUUCCUUCCAACUAUAAGCUAGCCCAAUCGAUUUUGAAACGCAAAUUUCCCUCCGUACAGAAGCCCCUCCAAAAAUAAGCCCCUUAAAAAGGGCCUUUGAAAAAUAUAAGCCUCAGGGCUCAUUUUCAAAAUUUUACGGUAUGUUAAGCAAACCCAUUCUGUAUUGUCUACAAUUAUCAAUAGUUUUACCAGUUAUGCACACAUCAAGGAGAUUUUUUGUGCACUUACAUGUAGUGUAUUUUGCUAGCUUCAUAUUUUGUAAUUGAUGAUAUACCACAACUGAUCACAGCAAGUACAUAAGAUAUUUAGAGCCACACUUAAUGCUAUUAUGGAAAUGCUGAAUCACAUCUGUUAUUUCCAUUUCAUGUAUCUCAUCUGCCACAGCAGUAGAUUAAUGUCACUUUCACCUAGUCACACAACAGUAGAUGAACAUGAAGUAUUUUUUCCUACAGGUUGGGUUCUACCCCAAUCUAGAUGAAAGUUUUUUAUUCCAGACAAAUGUGGUGUACUGUACAUAAUCAGAGCAUAUUAUAAACCUCAAUGCAUUUCCAUUUUCUUUUUGGAAGGUUUUGGUAAUAAGCUUUAUUCUCCUAGUACAUAUCUCAAUGGUUCUCUGUCAUGGCAGGAGCCUCCAAAUUUACAAAGUAACCGUUGACUUUCUUCUUGAACAUUCUUAUGCUUCUUAACUUUAUUUCUGCUUGUACAUCUUCCAUGCAGUGUUUACUUCCUGCAGGUUGACCACAUAUGUUCUAUGAUUUUCGCAUCAUGAACUCAUCAAUUAUGCAGCCAAUGUAUGGUGUACUUGUUUACAAUACUUAUUUUCUUCAAGAAGUGUUAACAGUAUUGCUCAUUAUAGUUUAACAAAUAAAACUCAUUCUCAUCAACACUUAAAACAUCAGCAUGAGAUUACUCACUUUGAGGUCACUUUCCAGUUAGCUUGAAGUUAUUUACAGCUGUACCUGGCCCCAGUUAUUCGAAUGUUGGAUAGCACUAUCCAGCGGAUGCAAAUGUACAUGUACAGAAAUACAGAAGAUAAAAUUCGAAAUCUACGUAAAGAUAUCAACAGGAACUACAAUUAGUCAAGAAAUGUUAAAACAAACCGUAAAUAAGAAUAAUAUUCACGUACCCGUUGGUGUCUUUCAAGUUUCGCAACUAGUAGUAAUGAUCUUACUAAUCAACGAUUGUUAUACCAUGUCAUUAGUCGUGAUUAUAUCAUGUAUGAAUUUUGUGUUAUACUGAAACAGUUCUGACCUCAGUUAUUAACUGAGGCUUACUGUGUUGUGCAUGUGUAAUGUACAAGUACUUAGGUGUUGAAUGCAUAUUUCUUGGAUGUUGUUUUACAGAUAUAGGAAAUUAGCUUUAAAAUGGCACCCUGACAAAAACCCAGAUAAUAAGGAGCAAGCCGAGGAAAAGUUCAAAUUGAUAUCAGAAGCUUAUGAUGUAUUGUCAGACAGUAAGUUGGAUAAACAUUUUGUUUGGUGUGAAAGUAAAUAAUAUUCUUUUAGUAACGAAAUUUGUAAACUGACAUGUUUGCAGUAACCACUUAAUAAUAAUAAUAAUAAUAAUAAUAAUAAUAAUCCAUUUAUAUAGCGCCUUUUCUAAAAGAUUCAAAGGCGCUGUUUACAAAAAAUCAGAUAGAAGUAAAAAGUAAAAUAAUCACAAGAAGUGGAUUUAGUGGAUUCCUUUUUAACUGUGCGCAUACUCAAACCAGGGCGCUUGAGAGAAGAUUAUACGAUCACAAUUGUCUUUUGAAAACAAAAGAUUCUCAAGUUUUUUGCGAGUCUCUUCUUACUGUAAAAUAUUCGUGAAACAAAUUGCGUAAGUUGGUGUAGUAGAUCAAAGAGCUGACCCUCUCAGGCCUGGAUAAUAUUAAGCGGCAAAUUUGUGACAGAGCAGGCAAGUUGAUUAAAUUUUCCUCCUAAAAUAAAAUGGUUGAGCUGAACUUGUCUGGAAACUAGUUUUGGACAAAAUUCCUUGGCGUGAUUUCAGCCGUCUCUCAGGUCUGGUCAUUGAUCCUCCCCGAAGAUCAGGGGAUAAAUGUGGGCUCAUAUUCCCACACAACGGUUGGUAAUCGAGCCUACCAAAUUCCUAGACAUUUUGGUUGAAUGUGUUGUACAAUGCACCUUUUAUAAAUUUUUUACUGACUACCCCUCCCCCCCCCCCCCCCCGCGUUACCAGAAAACCCUUUUGUUUCCCUCCCACCAAAAAAAAAAAGGGAAAAAUAAUGGCCCCCGCUUUCUUUUUUAUUGCCACCACCUCACCAAACACAAACACAACUACAAAAUACACAUCUCACACAUUUUUACCCCCCCCCCCCCCCCCCCCCAUGGGAUGUAACAGUAACUCUGUUGUGUACACUGCCAAACAAAAUAGGAAGUGCAAUAGUGCUGCCCUCAGUUACUAUUUAUAGACCCGAAACUCAGACAAACAAACUGAAAUUAACAUUAGCGACUUCAUCACUUUUGUCUGACUUUUGUCAUGAAAAUGAGAAAAAUGACAAAACUCAGACAAAAAUUGCAAAUUAGUCACUCUAUCUCAUUUGUGUGCUAUGCUAUUGAAACCUCUACUUACUUCCUCUAUCAUAGAACAGAAACGAGAUGUCUAUGACAGAUAUGGAAAAGAGGGAUUAACAGGAGGUAAGACAAAGAAAGAUUAAUAGAAAGUGAUCUGGCCAUGAUAAAAGUGAUUUUGAGAACACGUUGUCUUGUUUUUGGUACAAGCCUGUUGUUAUUUGCCCUGCACUGGUGCAGUUAUCCCACUUCUAAGAAUAGAAUAUUAAGCACUGUUGAAAAAAUGAACAGGACUGUAUUAUUAGGGUUAAAAAUGCGAGGUAAAGCCAGCAGUUGAACAUUACACCUGAUGAUACACGACGGCUCGUUUUUUGAAUGGCUUCAAAAUCUCCCUUAUAGAUCAACUCAUUCUUGUACUAAUAUUUAGAUUUGGGUUUUUAUUGGUCUAAAAAACUGGUCAGAAAGUUUGGUCAUGUCUUUAUCAGAUAUAAAGACACUCAUUAAACAUCAAAUUCUUUUGUUUUUUCUUUAUGAAUUAUUAAUGAGUUUUUGGAGGUAUAUGCCUCUGAAGCAAAAUAUUAUAUACAUAGAAUAAACAGGUAGAAAAAAAUAAAAUAAAAUAAAAUUGAGGGUAAGGCUGAUUGGGGAGCUAAGGAAUUGGUAAUUUAUUUGUCCAAUAUUUCGACUAGACAAAACUAGUCUUCAUCAAGGAUACCAAUCUGGUCUGUCCUGACCAUCAGGGAUUAAGUUUGUAGUGCGAUUCACUAAAAAAAUUUUUUCAUUCUUUUAAAAAUGGUCAAUGUAUCCCUUAGGUGGUGGUGGCGGUCCCAGUGUUGGUGGUUUUCCUGGAUUUGACUUUCAUUUCCGUGACCCAGAUGAAAUAUUUAGGUAAGCUGCUAAUGUUUUACAAAACUUAAGUAAUAUGCCAAUGAACAUACUUAAGGAGAUCACCAGGGUUGUCACUAAGAUUUCAAGUUGCCGGGUAAACACAACAAGUAGGCGGGGAAUCAAACGGCUAGGGAUUUCUUUUGGUUCUAUUUUUCUUCUAUUUUCCAAUAAAAGUAGCUGGCAGCCACUCUCUUAGUUUUCCCCGGCCCCCGGCUCUUAAUGACAACCCUGGAUCACGUCUUAAAUUUGGGCUUUUAAGACAAGUUUAUCGAACAGUUGAAGGACUGCAAGAGUGAAGCUGUACAUUGUUUAGUGUAAACCACAGGGCCUUUUAAAUCAAUCCAAUCAAUCAAUCAGUCAAUCAAUAUUGUUUACAGUCAACUACCGAUAACUCGAACCUUUGCUAAAUUGAGCCUCGUGCUACUUGAGCCAAAAUAGAGUCCCAUGAUUUUCUUCAUACUUUUACUUCAAUUUUAUCCUUGGUAACUCAAACCCUUGAUAAUUCAAACCUUCGAAUCUGCAAACUUGAAGUGAUUUUUUUACCCUUGAUAACUUGAACUAUGUUUUAAGGGCGUGACCAGUUGAAAAAAAAUUGUACUUGCUGAAACAUUACUGACUGUGCUGACAAACUUCUUGUAACACUGAACGAACUCCGGGGUUCAAUUUCUUCAAGUGUAUUUAAACAUCAAGAUCCGUUUCACUAUGUUUCUCUCACAUCACUCACUUCUCUUCACUCACCAAGCACAUGUCUUCUGUUAAGUCACACUAUGUCAUACAGGGUUUCCAGUCCUACUCAGGCAUGAUGCCUGGCACUAAAUUACAUAACAAAUAUAUCUUGAGGACUAAACACUUACACUCCGCACAACUAAUACUAAGCUAUUGAAUGAAAGUGACAUUCAAGGUGAAUCUGGCCUGGUAACAAUAGGGCCAUUAAUUUUAUAUGAGGAAAAAUAAGACACGUCCUUAAUAAGACGCGAACUAUCUUGAAUAAACGGCACAUUAACAUGCAACUUAGCUAAGAUGCGUCUUUCUGAAGAACAGGUGUUAUGGGCUGUUCUUAGAUAAGACACAUCUUAGCUAAAUUUCAAAUGAAAUGUGCCGUUUAUACAGGAUAGUUCGCCUCUUAUUUAGGACACGUCUUACAUAAGACGUUUUUUUUCCUCCUGUAAAUGGCCCUAAUAUUCUUGAAGAUGAGGAUGGAGUUGUGAUAAGCCAACACCAAAACGCCAUGAAAACAGAAACUGUGCUAUGCCAUUGACAUGUGACUGACAUAUUAUAGCUUUUUAUGGAGGCUGUUGUUGAUGGUGACACAUCUACUGUGAAACAGCUUUCCAAAAUACUACAGUGUAAAUAGGAAUGGAUCUGCUUAUCAGCAUAGUCAUCGCCUUUUAACAAACUACUUCUCAAAACCGCAAAAUACAUGCUGUACUUAUUUGUAAGGCUUUGUUUUGUAACUUUGGGUUCUGAUUCAUAAAAUAAAUCUACAAGUCAUACCUGUUCCGUUUUCAUUUGAGAUUUGUAUAUGUGAUUAAAAUGUCCACUGAAUAGUUAAAACUAUAUUUUCCUAAUUUUCAGUCCUUCACUCCAAACUCCUGAUUACUCAGUUUUCUUUCUUCCCUUUGAAGGUUCGAGUUAUUGGGAGUCCACUGUAUUUACAGUGUACUACAGCUGUAUGUUCAGCUGUAGGCAAAUGUAAAAAUUGCUAACAGAAUAACAGUACUGCUUAAACAAAAAGAUAUUUGUAGUUAUAGCUUACGUGUGUUAAGUAAUAAAAGAUGUAUUGAACACUCUAGCACAAGUCUUAAAUAUCAUAAGAUUAUAUUAACCAGUUGAUACUUUAUAUUACUUUAUUUAUAUUUUUUCUGUAUUUUUUAAAUUUAUAUUUUUCUGCGUUGAUGAACCAUUAACAACCCUUUCCCUUUGUUCAACAGAGACUUUUUUCAGCAUGAUUCCAUGUUUGACAGUUUCUUUGGUAAGGUUGAGUUAUUGUUGUCAAUAAGUCUAGCUUUCCUUGGUUAGAGUAAUAAAGCUUUUGAGGAGUUUUGAUGAUUAAAAAGAUUGUUUUAUAAAUAUUAUUUACAACUGCAGAAAUGUGCCAAGAUCAUAUUUCUGGGGUAAAGUAAACCUCUAAAGCUAAUUGGCCAUCAUGUCUGCAGCUUGCAUUUUUCACAUGAGCAGAAAAGAAGAAAAUGAUGUUUGAAUAACAAUCCGUGCUUUUUAGUAGGUCAGCUGCAAGAAUUAUGAACUGUAGAGAGGUUUAAAUGUUCACCAGGCCAUGUUUGAAAUAAAUGCAGUGUGGUUUGUUUGCAUUUACAUUGUGGAACUGCAUAAAAUGUAACAGUCUUUUAUAUGAUGCAUGUUUGAUACUGUUUAUAUAUGAUAUUCACGAUCAGUUUCACACCUUUUUUUGAAAAACCAGGUAACCGAAACCGAAGUCAGGGCCGGAUGAGACCGAGUGACCCAUUUGCAAGUAGCUUUCCUGGUUUUAGCUUUUCUUCCAGUUUUGGAUUUGGUAAUGGUUUUGACAGUGAUCCCUUUGGUUCAAACAGGUACAGCUUGAAUGUUUCCCUGACUUCUGACACCAUGUAACUUUACCAGCAGAAAGUACUCAGGGCAGAAAAGGAUAAACACAAUGUCUAAUUUUGCUCCCUCAGUCGAACAUUGUAUUAUUUUAUAUCUUAACUUUUAUCUCAAAGUCUAGCAUUUUUAAGCACUGUAGCUUUUGGAGUACAUUAUUUUAUUCAUUAAUUUUCUUACCUUUUUCUUCCAAUCAAUGCUACCUAUCUGUUACUCUGGAUCCGUACUUAAGUACAUGUUCAUUAUAUUCUUCAUGCAUGCCAGUCUUGAUUUGUAACAUUUACUUUUUUUAAUUUCUCACUGUUAGUUUUACAUCGUUCCAAAGUUUUAGUCAUGGUGGUGGUGGUGGUGGACGUCAGGGAGGUAAUUCACUGCAUGGAUUUUCCUUUUAAUAAUAAUUAUUUUUACAGUCAAAUCUUUCCCUGAAUCAUGUGCACCUUUUCUGAGAAACCUCUUAACAUUUGAAUGUCCAUUAUUUUUUUUUUGUUUGCAAAUCAAAGCUGAUUGUGAGAAUCUUGAUUCCAAUAUUAGUAAGGUUGUGUAUUAUGGAAGUGAUGUAAUGCUUAAUAGAGCGGUUUUCACUUGACUGUCGUAAAACCAAAACCAAAGUAAAUACACUAGCCAACCAAAGGGCGUAGUAAAACCAAAACCAAACCAAUUCCUCAAUUACUUUCGACAGUCAAGUGAAAACCGCUCUAUAGAUUUCCUUAUGCUGUACUAAAGAGUCAUUAGCCUUGUACAGGUCAAUAGCUAGCCUGAAUUUCAUCCGAUUACUUCAAGUCGUUAUUACUCCCUCAGUUACAUUGAGAGGAGAAAAGGACUCGAAGCAAUCGGAUGAAUUUCAGGCUAGUCUAGAGCAGGAUAUUUUCAUAAUUUGCAUUUUUUUCUUCCUUAGGGAAUUUUAAAUCAACAUCAACGUCAACAAAAAUUGUAAAUGGAAAGAAGAUAACAACGAAAAAGUAUCUUACAUUUUUUAUAUCUAGCCUCUCUAACAGACAGUUUAUAAUGUUCUGGUUAAAUGUUAUCCUUCCAAGGUUCAAUUUUUUUAUUUUCCAAACUCAUUAUCUCAUAUUAUGGAAAACAAGGCCAAAGGAACAAUGGACAUUACAAAAUUUACAAAAAUGUACACAUGUAUUAAGCCGUCUUAGGCAAAAGGCCUGACUUUUUCACAUUUUUUUAACCAACUUAAGUUGUUCAUUUAGUUGCCAGGAUCACAUUCACUUUCAUCAUAGAAUAUACUUUUAUGGCCGAAAACGAUUUGGGCAAUACUAAAUGAUCAAGAUGGCUUAUGUUUCAUCCUCUGGUAGCAUGUAAAAAAAAACAUUUCUGAGACCUCAAAAGGUGACUGCAUCUUGAUAUAGAUUUGACUGUAUCCUGAGACUGUACUUUUGAAACUAUUGAAAUAGGAAAUAUACUCCUGGAACUCAUGCUCAUCCUUCUACCCCUCCUAGGUAUAAAAACUCUAUGUGUUUCAGGCAGCAUUUUCAUUUCAUUUUAUUUUAUUUCAUAGGACUGUUGAGAAUGGCAAAGAAACUGUUGAAGAAUGGGAAAAUGACAUUUUAAAACGACGAAUUGUAGAUGGCACUCUUCAACUCACAAACUAA